AAUUCCAGCUCCUUUGAGGGGCUGUGUGAUGAAGAUAGAGAUGUGUGGUGUUUGGACAAUCAAUAGCUUUUCACCACAGAUUGGGUAGAGGAGGAACGAGACUCCUAUACUGUGUCACCUCAGGUGGAGUUAGAAGAGGCCAUAAUGCUCUCUGAUCUAAAAACAGAUUCUGAGCUCUCAGUUAAUGCAUGGCCUUGUGUACUAGAACAUCCUACAGAGCCUUGUCCAGGAGAGGAGAAAUCCAUCCUCCACAGAGCUGCGGGCUGCUGCAGAAAGCUGUAUUGUGCAAAUGGCCACACUUUUCAAGCCAAACACUUCAGCAGGCGGGCUCACUGUGCUGUCUGCACAGACCGUGUAGGGGGCCUUGGCUGCCAGGUAUAUAAGUGCACCCGCUGUAAGCUCUUGGUUCACAAGAAGUGCCACCAACUUGUCACAAUUCAGUGUGGGCAGCAUUCUUUACCAUCGGAGACCACGAUGCCAGUGGAUCCAUCGUCCAUGGCUUCAGACCCUGCACAGCCAUUGAUUCCACGAAAUCUUUCAACUCAUGCGGCUUUAGAACAAGUUGAUGAAGAGCACGAGGCAGGGAACACUGCAGAAAGUGGCAAAGCUUCACCUGGAUUUGGUCUUCAGGACUUUGAUUUGCUCAGCAUGAUUGGCAGAGGAAGUUAUGGGAAAGUACUGUUGGUUCAACUGAAAAAAUCAGAUCAUCUGUAUGCAAUGAAAACAGUGAAAAAAGAGCUUGUCAACACUGAUCGGAUAAGGACUGAGAAGUGUAUUUUGGAGCAGGCAUCUAACUGUCCCUUUCUUGUUGGAGUGCAUUUUUGCUUCCAGACAGAGAGCAGACUGUUCUUUGUUCUAGACUACGUAAAUGGCGGAGAUCUACUGUUUCAUAUGCAGCGACAAAGAAUCCUUCAUGAACAGCAUGCUAGGUUUUACUCUGCAGAGAUCGGGUUAGCAUUCAACUAUCUUCAUCAGCGAGGGAUACUGUAUCGAAAUUUGAAACAAGACAAUUUAUUACUGGACUCAGAAGGGCACAUUAAACUUACGGACUACUGCAUAUGUAAGGAAGGCUUACAGCCAGGAGAUACGACCAGCACUCUGUGUGGCACUCCUAAUUACCUGGCUCCAGAAAUUAUAAGAGGGGAAGAUUACGGCUUUGCUGUGGACUGGUGGACUCUUGGAGUAAUGAUGUAUGAGAUGAUGGUUGGAGAGUCUCCAUUCCAUCUUGUGGAGAGCUCUGACAACCCUGACCAAAACUCCAACCAUAAUCUCUUGCAAGUCAUUUUAGAAAGAAAAAUUCACAUACCUCGUUGUCUGUCAGUAGAAGCAACAAGUGUCCUGAAGAGCUUUCUGAACCGGGACCCAAAGGAACGACUGGGUUGUUGUCCUCAAAGGGGGUUUGCUGAUGUUCAGGAGCAUGGGUUUUUUCAAAAUGUGGACUGGCACAGGAUGGAGCGAAAGCAGGUGGCGCCUCCCUUUAAACCAAAUCUUUCUGGGGGAUUUGGCUUGGACAACUUUGAUCCUCAGUUUACUAAUGAACCUGUGCGGCUCACCCCAGUUGAUAGUGAUAUUGUGAGGAAGAUUGAUGGGUAUGAAUUUGAAGGUUUUGAGUAUAUCGAUUGUCUUACAAUGUGUGAAGAGGAAUGGGUCUGAUCCUCAUUUUUCACCUAUGCAAUCUAUUUAUUGCUGUUGAAUGCA